GCAGAAAGCCCUGUGAGAGUGGAGGAGAGUCAUGGGCCGUUUCCUGAAUGUGUUACGCAGCUGGCUGGUGAUGGUGUCCAUUAUAGCUGCUGGGAACACACUGCAGAGCUUCCGAGACCACACCUUUCUCUAUGAAAAACUCUACACUGGCAAGCCAGACCUUGUGAAUGGUCUUCAAGCUCGGACUUUUGGGAUCUGGACACUGCUUUCAUCCGUGAUUCGCUGCCUCUGUGCCAUCGACAUCCACAAUAAGACGCUCUACCACAUCACACUCUGGACCUUCCUUCUUGCCCUGGGCCAUUUCCUCUCAGAGUUGUUUGUAUACAGGACAGCGGCUCCCACGAUUGGUGUCCUGGCACCCCUGAUGGUGGCAAGUUCCUCGAUCCUAGGCAUGCUGCUUGGGCUCCGGUACCUGGAAGCAGAGCCAGUGUCAAGACAGAAGAAGAGAAACUGAGGCCACACUCCCCCUCCAGGACUUCACCGUCUUCCACCUUUGC